UUCUCCAGCGUCGGCAAGCGCUUCGUCAACGACCUCAACUCGCUGCUCGACGAGCUCAAGGCGUCCAAGGCGCACUUUGUGCGCUGCAUCAAGCCAAACUCGAAGCAGGUCAAGAAGGAGUUCGAGCCGGCGAUGGUGCUCGACCAGCUGCGCUGCUCGGGCGUCGUCGAGGCGGUGCGGGUCAUGACGGAGGCGUACCCGACGCGCAUCCCGUACGAGGUGAUCCACGGGCGCUACGCGCCGCUGAUGGGCAAGGAGGUGCUCGACGCGACCGGCGACGAGCCGGCGGCCUUCUGCGAGGCGAUCGCUAUCGCGUGCGACCAGCUCGACAAGGUCCAGGAGGACCUCCUUGUGCCGCGUCUGGUGGCCCGCCGCGCCGUCGUUCUGCGCCACGUCGCCAAGGGCGUCAAAGGGCAGACCGGGGAGCAAAUUCUUUUCCCCGCCUGUCUCACUCAGCGCGUGCUCGACACCCGCCGACAGCGCAGUCUCUACACCCUCAGCGCCGAGAGCACCUCAAGCCGACCCGAUCCGCUCUGCUACCUCGUCAUGGAGGAGGCACGCGCGGCGGAGCAGGCACUGAAGGAGGCGGCGGCCAAGGCGGCGGCUCGCUCGGCGGCCGCCACCACCGUCUCUGCACCCGCCGACGCCCGCAGUUCUCUCGCCAACAUGAUCCGCGGUCGGGCGGGCUGCAGCUCGGCGGGCGGGCGGGCCGCGGCUGCGGCGAGCGGCGCGGCCGAGAUUGUAGUGAGCGGGUGCGGCAACGAGAGCAUCAACGGGACGUACCGGCGGGACGGCGAGAGGGACGGAGUGCCUUGCUACCGGCAUGCGGCCGCGUCGUGGACGAUCGAGCGGGACACCGACCGUUCGGCCGGCGAAGCGGUGAGCGAGUGGUGCAUCUGCGACGACUACGGCUUCGAGUCCCACUGCUUC